AGUUCCUCUACGCAGUCUCCCGCCCACUGGGCGCCGCUGGCUAGCCGGGCUACAGAGUAAGCCUCCCGCAGGGUAGAGUGACAACUCUCCGAUCGGAAGUUACUGUUGAAGGUAAGGCGGCCAUAACUGAUAAUGGCAACAGGAGUUUCCUGGCUUCCUGUUUCCAGGGUGACGUAGAUUUUUUCCUUCGCCAGUCUCACCGUUACCCGGGGCAACAGCUGAGCCGUCUGGGAAGGGAUGCAUCUUUUCUUCUGUAUGCUUGAGUCAAGAACUCUCAGUCAUCUUGGUAAUACCGGGUUGGAUGCUUAAAGCCGCAGCAAAAAGACCAGAACUUUAAGGAAAAAAUACUGUAUCCAACAACUCGGAUAUGGCAGAAGUGAAGUCAAUGUUCCGGGAAGUUCUUCCAAAACAAGGGCCAUUGUUUGUGGAAGAUAUAACCACAAUGGUGCUGUGUAAACCCAAACUUUUACCCUUAAAAUCUCUGACUCUGGAAAAACUAGAGAAAAUGCAUCAAGCAGCACAGAAUACAAUUCGCCAACAAGAAAUGGCAGAAAAGGAUCAACGGCAAAUAACCCACUGAAUAACUGAGCACUUUAGGGAACAACCUACAUUAUCUACUAUUUAACAAUAACUAGAAAAUAUGCUUCUGUGUGCUGAAAGUAGUAUGUGUUAAUAUUAUCAAUAAAAUUGAGAGUAUUCAUAUAAAUACAAAAAUAUCCAAGAUUGAUGAAAUUUGUAUUGUGAAUAUAAACACGCUGGUUUGUACUGAACAUAAACAGUUGAACUAUGAACCAAGUUUUAUGGGGUUUAAGUCAUGUUUUUAGAAUUGCAAAUUAAAUUAUUUGUUCACCAUUGCUAUUGCUAUCCUUUAUAGGUAACUUUCUUGGGAUCUCUUAUAGAUAACAUUCUUGGGCACAAGGGACUAAAUACAACUUUUAUAUACAGAGGAUCUUUAUAUGUUUAUUAAAUCUGAAGAUACAUUCCAAUCUUGCAUAAAGUGUUAAUUGAGCUUUUACAUUAUAUAAAAAACAAAAUUUUUAAACCAAUUUUAUGUGCCGUGUCACGUUUAAUGCUAUCAUCUUGUGCGACCGGAUCCUACCAGUAAUAACAAAACUGUCUUAAACCUUCUUUUUUUUUAAGACAGAGUUUCGCUCUUGUUGCCCAAACAAGUGCAUUGUCACCAUCUCAGCUCACUGCAACCUCCGCCUCCCAGGUUCAAGCUCUUCUCCUGCCACAGCCUCCCAAGUAGCUGGGACUACAGGCAUGCGCCACCACGCCUGGCUAAUUUUGUGUUUUUAGUAGAGAUGGGGUUUCUCCAUGUUGGUCAGGCUGGUCACAAACUCGCAACCUCAGGUGAUCCGCUCACCUCGGCCUCCCAAAGUGCUGAAAUUAUAGGCGUGAGCCACCACGCCCAGCCCUUAAAUCUCAUUUUUAAGAAACCCUCACCUAUUCUGUGGUCAGCUAACUUUUAAUUACAUUAAUUUUAAGGACUUGAGAAUAAAAUGACUGCAUUUAUCAUCCAAGUGUCAAACAAUAAAAAACCUAAAAAUGGUAACUAUAUUUAUAUAAGCCGAGGUAAUAUGGGCUUGAUAAAACCCAUGAGGUAAAUAUGAACAUUAAACUUGGUUUUAAUUCUAAUGGACUGUAUCUAAACCUGUAAUUAGUAUACUCCUAACAGUACCCUCAUAAAUUCUGAAUAUAAUUCUUGUUUGCUACAGUCAAUAUUUGGCAGUUUAAAUUAGCAUAGACCUUGAGGCCUUGCUGAGUUAUUAGGCUAUGUAAAAGAGGUUAAAAAUAUGAUCAUUCUGUGUUAUUAAUUGGUAAUAUAUUCUCAUACAUUGGGUAAAUGUCAAGCUUUGGGUCUUUGGAGUAUAACUUUUUGUAACACUAGCCAUUACUUGGUAACAGAAUUUAAGGAUGAUGGAAUGAUGGAAGGUAUAACAUAUUUCUAAAACUUAAUUAAGCUCUAGGUCAGAUAACAAUGGAGUAAAGUGAUACCUGCAUUUUCUUCCCCAGUGUAAUCUUAAUUUACAAUUGUACUUUUCACUUAAAAUUUUGUAGGGAAAAAAAGUUUUCAAGGAACACUAAGAUUAAAUACACUAGGUUCAAAUAUGCUUCCUUAUGAGAUUUAAACUUUACUGUAUGAAAUUAAAGUUUAAGAGACCUAAAAUAAUGUACUCCCAAUAAAGAAUCAACACUGCUUCACAUGUUUUAUUUUGGUGUACAUUCUUCUAGAACCAGGUUCAUUUUUCCAGUUUUGUAGAAAAAUAGAUGUUCCAGCCACCAUUUACUUAACUUGUCUAGUCUUUUAAGACCAAUCAGUAUGUUCCCUGGAAAGAUGAAUAAGUCUCAUGACUAAUUUUUUAAAAAUUCUUUAAGACAAAGAAACAACUUUCUUUUUUUACUCCCAAAGCACAGUAUCUCAACAGCAGCAGCCAACAUGGGGUUUUUAGCAGCUUAACUUUACCCCCUAAAUAAAGCUUUGUAUAAACCAGUGAUUUUACUACAAAAAACACUGUCCUUGAAAGAAAGGAGUGGCAGUCAGACAUCAAUGCAAAACUUGGAAUGAUUAAGUAAUAAACAUGGCACUUACAAAAGGUAGCUUAUUAGAAUAUUCCAUUUAAGAGGAGGUUACUUUUCUGUCCCUCCUUUGCCCCCUCGAAAAACAAAAAAAAAAGAAAAAACAUUUCCUUUAAAAAUUCCCCUUAAAUGUAGGUUUAUAAAAUGUCAGAAAUGCCUUGUACCCAAAACAAGUGCUUAAAAAAAAAAAAAAAAAAAA